CUUGCAUAUCAUCAAUGGCUUUAAGCUUCCUUUCCCAAUUCUUCGAAUUUGACUCAGAAGUCACUGACGCCGUCAUGGGCUUGCUCAUGCCUGAAUGCUCCUCUAUUCACUCAGUCGACUUCGUCUUCUCAUCCCCUCCGCCGCCUCCUCCACCUCCGCCGUUGAGUUGGCCGGAAAGUGGAGAAACAGUUCGCCAAAUUGUUUCACCGCAGAGUGUGGCGGCUCGGGAGCGGCGAAAGAAGAUUAGCACCAAGACGCAAGAGCUGGGCCGGUUAAUUCCCGGCGGGGAAAAGAUGAGCACCGCUGACAUGUUGGUGGCGGCUCAUAAGUAUGUCAGAUUCCUCCAAGCUGAAGAAAGCGUUCUUCAGUACAUGAACGAACAAAAGGUAAGAAAGGGUGAAGGAGAGGAACUCUUGCAAGUGCUAUUAGCUUCUCCAAAAAUUCAAGAAAGAUUGUCGAGUGAGGGAAAGUGUCUGGUGCCUAAAGAGAUGGUUGAUGACCUAGUUGCUAAACAUCUCAUUGUAAAUAACUAA